AUGGCGACCGACGACGAGGUUAAGCGCGAGUCUGCUUCGCCCCUGGCAGAUGAGAUCGACUGGGCGACACAGGAGAAGGACGACGAGAACGCAAUAAGGAGUUUGUUCGCCGCUGAUCCCGCCCAAGCCCAACAAGACUUUUCCCUCGAAGGACCUAUCGAUCAGACGAACAAAGCCGACGAUGCGCUCGACUUUGAAGAUAUCAGUGACGAUGAUCUUCCCGAUGAGGAGGAAGCUGUCAACGGCGGCUCCGAGCAACCCCCUGCCCUCACCAGCGAUGGCGGUACCAGCAACGAUAACGACGAUGACCUGUUUGGCGAUGGCCGGGAAUCCUCGCCCUUAGUCGGCGAGCCCGCCCUGUCACCAGGAGCUGCGAUCGCGGACGCUGACCAGCAGGACAUUGAGAUGACCGGCGGGGACGACCUGGCCGAUCUGCGGGCUCUCAACUUCGACCCCGAGCCUAGCUACCCUAUGGCCAACCAGGAUCCUUCCAUUCCCGCCGCCCCCGAGAACGUGCUCGACCUCUUGAAGCAGACCUUCCCGGACUUCGAGAGAGGCAAGAUUCUCAACUUCAACGAGCUCUUCCCCCCGAGGAAGGCCAACUGGGUCGACAAGAAACCUCCCAGGAACCCCAAACCUCUCAUACCUACAAAGCUCAGUUUGGAUCUCGACGUCGAUCAAGAGAAGCAGUUUAGGGUCCCCGGGCCCGCCUCGCAGACGACCCUUCAAAAGAUACAGACUGCCGAGAAGAACGGAUUGAUUUCCUUGCUUGUUCCGGAGCCUGUUGACCCCAUCGAGCUUGAGAUAUUCAAAGCGGAUGACCCAGAUUCUGAGAUAGAGCUUGUCGGCGGUUUCACUUUGCGUGAUAUCGAGACAGUCUGCGAGGACUGGGAUGACAUUAUUGAUCCUCCUAUCCUACGGCUCGGUCACGAUUCGCCUGGGCCUGCUGUUGCUGAAGAAGACGAUGAUUGGUUCCUGGAGAUGGGUAUCGACCGCCCUGCUCCUAAGAGACGCAAGGUCACUCAUCUUCCUGGUCUCCCUGAGAUCUCUCGAUUCGUAGCCCCGUCGUUUGACAACUUCGAGGAGGCGACGGCAAGAAGCGCGAAGCGUGUGCGCCUGGACAUGAAUGAUCCAUAUCUUCUGAUCGACGAUAUGGAGACAGAGCGGCCUGCAAAGCGACCCAAGACGAACCAGAAGAUGAAGCGAAUGGCUGACGGCAAGAUGGCCCAAGACAUCACUCAGCGGUUCAACGUGUCGAAUGACGAUGCGUACGAGGCUCUCAAGGAGAACGUGCGGGACAAGGUCAGGGCGACACUGGGUGGGAUUCAAGUCGAGCACAGCACUCCAGCUCGCAAGCUCCUAUGGCCAUACUAUCAGGUCAAACUCGGCGAUCCGAGUGCAUUUAGCUAUCACCGACCCCCAUUCCGGGUACUCAAACAGAUCGGCAGGUCGCUGGGCUGGAUCAAGCCGCGGUGGUUCAAGCGGAGAGAGUUUAAGAACCAAAGGGUGGGCGACAUUUACAAGGAGUCGAGAGACGUGAGUCUCAACGAUAACUCGACUGCUGUGCUCUUCGAAUACUGCGAAGAAAUCCCGACCGUCUUGUCAAAUUUCGGCAUGGGCAACAAAGUCGUCAACUAUUUCCGCGUCAACCAUGAUGCAGAGGAGAAACCGGCUGAAAAGCCAUCCAUUGGCGAGACCAAGGUCCUGCUGCCCGAAGAUCGGUCUCCGUUCGCCAAUUUUGGAGAUGUCAACAAGGGGGAGACAGUGCCCACCUUACAAAACCAGAUGUACCGAGCGCCGAUCUUCAAGCAUGAGCCCAGAAAGACCGACUUUCUCAUCGGGCGUAUCACAAAUGCGAAGGAAGGCAGUCAAUACUACAUGCGCAGGAUCGAUCAUCUGUACAUUGUCGGCCAGAACUUCCCAUCCGUCGAGGUACCCGGCCCUCAUAGUCGGAAAGUCACCAACACAAGCAAGAAUCGUCUCAAGAUGCUGUCAUACCGUUUGAUAAUGAAGAAGGGUCAUGUGGCUCUCAAUGAUAUCACAACCCACGUCAAGGACUCGAACGAUGCACAAAAUCGACAAAAAUUGAAAGAGUUCCUGUCAUUCAACAAAGAGGCCAGGCACUGGACUCUGAAAGACGGAGAGAGACUCAUGGACCCGGAGACGAUCAACUCGAUGGUGCAACCCGAGGAUGUGUGCCUUAUGGAUGCCAUGCAAGUCGGAACAUACGAAGUUGAGAAGUCUGGGUUUGCCGUUGAUGCGCUGAAUCCUGACAAGGAAGCUGGCGAGGGCGAAAGCUUAGCCGUGCACUUGACACCAUGGAACACAUCGAAAGCCUUCAUCGACGCUACGACUGGAAAAGCAAUGCUGAAACUUCGCGGCGAGGGCGACCCGACAGGCAGAGGUCUCGGUUUCAGUUUUAUCAGAACUUCGAUGAAAGGUGGUUUCCUCAAUGUCUAUCAUGAGCAAGGCCCGCAGUCUACGUCGGCAGAUGCCCUCGAGCGAGAGCGCAAAGCCAACGGCGGACAUUCAUACAAUGUGAAGAAGCAGAAUGAUGCCUACGCCGAAGUUAUCGCGGACAUCUGGGGCAAGCAGAAGGAGACGCUGAGCGAGGCAGCCGUCCACGACGAUGCGGAUGUCCAGCCCCAGGAUGACGAGGAUGACCGCUUGUACGCCCAGCCGCAAGUCGCUGCUACUCCCCGCUUCGACGAGGGCGUAAGCCAGGUCAGCCGCAGCGCCAUUAGUGCUCGCAACGCGAAGCGGAAGCUGCGGAUCGUCAGGACGGUCAAGGCCCCUGACGGCACGGAAAAGCAGGUGGAAGAGAUCAUCGAGGAUGCUGGUGUCAUCGCGCAGUACACCAAGGCCAGGAGGGAACUGGAAGAGGCUGACAUCGAUGUCUACAACAUCCAGUGGACCGGCGACGAGGAGAGAGACCGAGUGAUCAGGAGCAAGCUUGAGCAGGAGGAGCUACGCCUCAAGAAGAACAGGGAGCGCCGGCAGCAGCGGGAGAAGCAGAAGGGUGGCGCCCGAGCUAGCCUCUCCGGCGCCAGCGGAGCCGCGAGCGCCGGGGGCGGGGGCGCCGGCGGGGGCGGGGGCGGCUCGGGCCUGUCGCCGGAGCCCUCGAUCGAGAAGAGCGGAACCACGCGCAAGUGUGCCAACUGCGGCCAGGUCGGGCACAUCAAGACGAACAAGAAGCUUUGUCCGAUGCUCAACGGCACCAUGGCCAACAAGGUCGGCGGUGACGACACGACGGGUACGUAUGGUGAGGCUUGA